AUGGCAUACGAAGAUUUCGUUUCGUGGACCCGUGAACACAAACUUGAGCACACCCAGCCGGAGUUCAAGCCAUCGAACAUGCGGGAUUCCGCGACCGGUUAUGCUGAACUCAGUAUGAAAGGACACAAUGCCCGGGUGGUGACUGCUUGGCUGGCCCACCGUGUGCUUCAGAUCUACAGGGACCGUCCGGAGCUUCGGAGCGACAACAUGAAGACCAUGGUCAAAGCAGUGCGGCCCCGCGAAAAUUUCGAAGCGAUUGCAUGCAUUUGUUCGCUCGACUGCCCGCUCCAAGCAUUCAGGUAUUGGCUCGCCGAAUUCUUCAACAGGAUGGAAAGAUAUGGGAAGUAUAUGCAAAUGGAGGAGCGAAAUGGCCUCGUGGAGGCAUCCGACAUUCGAUGCAUUUCAGAACGAUUGGUUUUCAUGUUGUUUGUGUUUCCUGUGCUAGUCGCCUAUAGCUCUCAUGAUUGCUGUUUUCUGGAAAACCUUCUGAUCGAGGACAAGUUCGGUGUGGCAUAUGCUGCACUUGCAAAGCAAGCUGCACGUACGGGGGAUUUGCUGUGGCUCCUCAGACCCAAAAUGCAC